AUGUCUUUCACCCGUGUUGCUCCCCGUUCUUUGAACGCCAUUGUCCGUUCCACAGCUACUCCGACUCUACGAGUAGGAGGUGUUCGCUCUAUCUCUGCCACGGCAGCAAAGCAAAAGGGUCCCGUGGAAGCAGCCAAGGAUACCCUGAAGAAAACAGACGACGUUCUCUCCGGUGCGGCAGUGAAGGGAAUCGAGAAGGGCGAACAAGUAGCAGAUGCAAUUAAAGGCGCCGCCAAUAAGAACAAGGGCGAGCUAAAGGGGGAUGCGGCGGAGCUUGCUGGUCAGGGCAAGAGCAAGGCUGAAGAAACAUUGGGAUCCGCCAAGGGCAAGACCGAGGAGACCAUUGGCUCAGCAAAGGGCAAAGCCCAAGAAACCCUAGGCGAAGCCAAGGGUAAGGCGAAGGAGACGGUCGGCAAGUUCUAA